AUGGCGAAUGCAGACACUCCAGAUCCCAAUACGGACCUUGUGGCGGUCAAAAAUGAGGGCGACGAAGUUGAUCCUGUUGCGCCUGCGCCAGAACCCAAGCUGCCAACGCGCAAAGAUGCGUCCCUCAAGGAGUUUCUUUCCAAAAUGGAUGACUAUGCGCCUAUUAUUCCGGAUGCUGUAACCAAUUAUUAUCUGACAAAAGCCGGACUCCCGCCACCUCCUCAGACGGACGAACGUCUCGCGCGCCUCCUCGCACUUGCGACUCAAAAAUUCAUUGCAGACAUCGCUGCUGACGCUUAUCAAUAUUCGCGGAUCCGCUCAUCGAACUCGUCCAAUGCGAACAAUCCUAUGGGCAACUUAGGAGCGGCAGCAGGGUUUCCAGUCCCCGGCCAACCUGCAACUGCGCCUGGUAGUAAGGAACAACAAGGACGAGGUGGUCCUCUAGGGAUUCAGCGGCCCGGUUAUGGAGGCGGUGGACAAGGUGGUAGUCAAAACAGAACUGUGCUUACGAUGGAGGAUCUUGGUAUGGCCGUUGGAGAGUAUGGGGUCAACGUGAAGCGAGGAGAAUUUUAUCGAUGA